UGAAUGGGUGGAACCGUGGAAGACAAAAACCACACGUACAGGACUGAAAAAAACAUAAAAAUAAGAACACGGUCCGAACAAGAACAACAAUGACAGACUGUUUCAAUGGGACUUGCGCUGACUCAUCAGGAGGCUGAACCCUCAACAGUCUGCAAAAUCCCCAUACUAACCCCUCUUGUAAAUGGAUGGACAAGAGAUUAAAUCAUAAGCAGCAAGACAAGAGUGAGGUAACAAGGCACCACCCGGCAAACAACAGCAAGCACAUAGGUUGGAGGGCACGGGGAAGAUGGGUGGGCAGCCAAGCAACACGGCAAGCAGCAGGGGGGCAUGAUGAGCACCAGGGACCAAGGCAACAAGGAAGCAAGACAAAGUGGCCGGGCAGCCAGGCAGCCAGGCAGCCGGGGAAGCAAGACAGCAAACAGGGGAAGCGAGAAGGCAGUGAAGCAGUGGGGCGGCACUCACAAGGCAACACCACAAGCCAACCGAAAGGGCAACCAGCCAGCAAGGCAGCACAGACACUCGUACAGCAGAGACCAAAUCCUUCUCACACCACAAGUAGAACUCGUCAGACUGCAGGUUCAGGCCACCAUUUAGCCAGCGACUCACUUUGACGAAUGUCUGUUGUGACCCAGGGAAAACAGACACAGGCAUCUUGGAUACAUCAGCCCCUCUGAUAGUGCUGCAGCCACUCCGCACAGACAGGCACUUACUAUCUGGCACAUCUUAGAGGUGCUCACUUACACAGGGAGAGGCACAAGAAAAGACCAGAGAAUGUACAAAGUGGACAUCAGAUUGGAAAUAGUCAGAAUGAAAAUAAGAAAAAGCGAAGUCAUAGAUGAAUAUGAUUCUGUGUGCAUGUAUGAUGAGGCGAGUGUGCGAGUGUGUGUUGUCAUGUUCGCUAUGUGCAACUCCACAAAAAGAAAGCAUGACUGUGCCAGACUGUUUCAUCGGACUUUCACCGACUCAGCAGGAGGUUGAACCCCGGCAGUCUGCCCAGAGUUAGCGAUACCCCUGAGAAAAGUGAUCAACUUCACUCACACCAACCCUGCAACCCUAGCAGACCGUCGGUCCAAACCGCUGACAAGAACAGCAGUAAGCCCAAGAAACUAAUUUGUCACAGCCAUAAAACCCAAUCUACACACCCACUCAGCCAUGAAUACCCAAUGGCAUGACCACUGGUCUGGCCCCGACCCUAGCCGCAUGGAUCCGCCGCAAUAGAGAGCUAGCAAGGCUGUGUUGUGCGUUGGCACGUUCGCUAUACACAUUGCCACCAAAAAAAGCAUGACCGUGCCAGACUGUUUCUUCAGACUUUCACCGACGCAUUAGGAGGUUGAACCUCGGCAGUCUGCCCAGGAUGCAUUUGACUGAUGGAUAAGGACUCGCCACGUCACCCAGAGUUAGCGAUACCCCUGAGAAAAUUGGUGGACUUUACUCACACCAACCCUGCAACCCUAGCAGACUGUCGGUCCAAACCCCUGACAAGAACGGCAGUAAGUCUGAUAGACUAAUCUGCCACAGUCAUAAAACCCAGUCUACAUAUCCUCUCACCCAUGGAUACCCAAUGACAUGACCACUAGUAUGGUCCCAACCCUGGCUGCAUCGGAUCUAACUGAACGGAGAGCUUAGCAAGUGUGUGUGUGCGUGUGUGUGUGUGUGCUGUGCAUGUGUGUGUGAAUGUAUUGAUUGUCAAACUUGCGCCUGCCUAAAAUUUGAUCUCCUGUGUGCAAAACGGAUUGACAGUUCUUCGGAUUGGAUUCAUCACGACGUCACAGUUGAUGUUCACCUGCAAAGAAGCACAUUCAGAAGAAUCAGAACACAUUGUGGUGGAUUGCCACGUCAGCAGUGCCACGUCAGCAGUGCCACGUCAGCAGUGCCACGUCAGCAGUGCCACGUCAGCAGUGCCACGUCAGCAGCAGUGCCACAGUGCCACGUCAGCAGUACCCCGCCACCAUGACGGGCUCAGCUCUGGGCAUGCCAGGCCAACUGGCCCUAUUGCCGACUACAAACAGCGGUUCCAGACUCAGCUCGCACUGAUGGAGGCUGAGGAACAGCGCCAGCUGGCAGCCGAGGCUGUCCGCCUACAGGCUGAAGCGGCGGCAACAGCUGAGAAGCAGCGGCUUCAGGCCGAGGCUGAAGAAGAUACCCAGGCACGCCGCAAGGAGGCCCAGGAUCUGCUACAGCGGCAUGAAGCCUCCAGCAUCGAAAGGCUCAAGUAUUGGCACUUUGAACCAUCCGAGGAGCACGACGACGCGACACCGGAGGAACAGCACAGGGAAUUCAUGGCCAAACUUGUGACUCGGUUGGUCUACACUUGUAACCACCUGCAGUCCGAGCUGGCGAAUAUGCAGCGGGCCAUGCGGAACCAUAAGGCUCGGCAAGAGGAUGCAGCGCGGGCACUUGAUUCCCGUAUGCAGGACUUGGAGCAAGUUGCACCAAGACCGGAGGCUGGCGAGUCCAGCAGUGCACCCUCUGCUCGCCAACUGGAGCAACGAGUCGACCACGUCGUCGCAAUGCUUGGCGACAUCAGCAAACAACUGGAUACCUUGAAGACCGAGGUUCAGCAACUGCAGCUGCCUAACAAGGAUGGCAACAGCACAACGCAUUAUAAGAUGCCGACAUUCCAAAUUGAGAAGUUUGAUGACUACACGCAUCAAGACCCGGUCCUCUGGCGGGAAGGCUUUACGACGCAACUUCGGAUUCUGUUCGUCGCCAAACACACGUACAUCGGCGCCCUGUUUCUCAACUCAAAGGGCGGAUGCCAGAUCUGGUUAAGCCACCUGGCAUCCAUCCACGGCGUCGACGUCGCAGAUAUGAAAGAUAAGAUUUCAUGGGAAGAACUAACACGGCUAUGGAAGAAGUCGUUCAUCGUGGACGGCGCACCUGCACUCGCCAUCAACCAUCUCUUCGGCAUGACACAAGGCAACACAGCAACACGUGACUGGCUCACAGAAUGGCAGAAGAUCGCGGCAAUGCCCGAUCUUGACUUGCCAUUUUCGCAUCUGCGUCGCGAGUUCUACAACAGGCCAUGUGCUGCAUUGAGCCUUGCACUUGGUGAUCGCGAGCAAUAUGCAACCUUCGCUGAAAUCAUUGACAAGGCGAGGGAGAUCAUCAAGACAAACAGGGCAGCUGCACACGAGAAGUCAACGUGGCAGCCAACCUAUGUGGAGAAGGUGAAAACUGUACCAACUCUGUUGAUGGAUGCCGGAGUAGAGGUUGUCGACCUUCACGCCUACAUUGCGAAGAUCGACCGCGAGUUCAAGACGCAACGGUACGACGACAUCGACGCACCAUUGUUAUAUGUACGCAUUCAGAUCGGAGAGGCGACCUGCAGCGCUUUGAUCGAUUGCGGAGUAUCUCGCAACUACAUGAGCCAGGACUUUAUGGUACGCGCCGGCCUUGGCCCACGCGUCCGGAGGAAGUCCCAACCGACGCAAGUCACGUUGGCAGACAGUCACACGCACAAGUCAAUCGACCGGUGCAUUGAUGACCUCCCAGUGUACUUUGCCCUGCAUGCAAGCAAGGCGGUGUCCUUCGAUAUCUUGGACACCAAAUUCGACAUGAUCUUGGGCAUGUCAUGGCUGCGAAGCAAGGAUCACCCGGUGAACUUUUACCGCCGCACCGUUCACGUUCGUGAUCGAAACGGAGUACUAGUCCCAUGCACGGUAGCUCCUCCUUACCCUUCGAUCAGCUGCCACGUGGUGUCCGCCGCAAGCAUGCGAGCUUCCAUCAUUAGAGACGACAUCGAGGAGAUGGGGGUGUGUUUUCUCCACGCCCUCCCGCCCCUUGACGCUUCAUCGACGGACUCAUCUUCGGACCCACGCAUCACCGAGCUUCUCGACGCCUACGGCGACGUGUUCGAAGGCCCGCACGGAGUAGUACCGGAUCGGCCCAUCCGCCACGAGAUCAUCCUCGAGGACGGGGCCGUACCUCCGCGAGGUUGCAUCUACCGAAUGAGCGAGGAAGAGUUAAGUGUGCUACGGGCACAACUCGACGACCUUCUGGAGAAAGGCUGGAUUCGGCCUAGCUCAUCGCCAUACGCUCAACGCACAAACGAUAAGAAACACCGGCCCUCUUCCAUGGACCUCAAGUCGGGAUAUCACCAACUCGAGAUUCGGAAGGAGGACCGCUACAAGACCGCGUUUAAGACGCGAUAUGGGCAUUUCGAAUGGCUGGUUAUGCCAUUUGGCCUUAUGAAUGCCCCGGCCACUUUCCAAGCGGCUAUGACAACGGAGUUCCGACACAUGCUGGAUCGAUUCGUACUUAUCUACCUCGACGACAUCCUGGUGUACAGCCGGAGUUUGGACGAGCAUGUGGAACACCUCCACACCGUUUUGGAGCGGCUACGACAAGCCAAGUACAAAGCCAACCGCGACAAAUGCGAAUUCGCGCGGCAGGAGCUGGAGUAUUUGGAACAUUAUGUGACGCUGCAAGGCAUCCGUCUGCUUGCGGACAAGAUCGAGGCCCUCCGCGUGCCAUUCGUAUUCGAUGACGACGCACGCCGGUCAUUCCAAGCACUUAAGACGGCCAUGCUCAUGGCACCCGUCCUUAGCAUCUAUGACCCCACCCUGCCUACGAGAGUGACAACUGACGCUUCCGGCUAUGGCAUUGGGGCAGUCUUGGAACAACACGACGGCGACGACUGGCACCCUGUGGAGUAUUUCAGCCACAAAGUUCCUCCCAUCAACUCGCUUGAUGAUGCAAGGAAGAAGGAGCUGCUCACGUUCGUGAUGGCUCUCAAGCGAUGGCGGCACUUCCUCCUUGGGCGUCGUAGGUUCACAUGGGUUACGAACAACAACCCACUGACUUACUACAAGACGCAGGAUACAGUGAGCAACACGAUCGGACGAUGUAUGUACUUCAUCGACCAAUUUGACUUCACACCGAAACAUCUUCCCGACCUCUCCAAUCGCGUAGCAGAUGCACUCUCGCGAAGACCUGAUCUUUGCGCUAUGACACAUCAUGCCUUCGCAUUCGACGAGGAACUUCAGCGACACUUCAUCCGGGGCUAUGAGUCUGAUCCGAACUUCGCCACGUUGUAUGCGCAGCUAUCUUCGGAUCACCCGCCGGCCAGCCACUAUCGCAUUGCCGACGGGUACUUGCUCCUCCACUCGAGAGGCAAGGACUUAUUGUGUGUCCCACGAGACCGUCGUCUUCGGACUCGCCUUCUCUGGGAGUACCAUGACUCGCGACUCGCCGACCAUUUCAGAGUCAACCGCACUAUUGCACGGCUUCGACAACGAUUCCGAUGGCCUGACCUCAUUACCGAUGUCACUCGGUAUUGCGACUCUUGCGAAGUUUGCCGACGAAGCAAGCCCCGCAAUCGCAAUCCCUACGGCGAGUUGCGUCCGAUGCCUAUCCCACGGGAACCCGGCCUCUCCAUUGCCAUGGAUGUCACCGGACCAUUUCCCCACGAUCGUCUCGGGCACGACGGCAUCCUCACGGUUGUGGACCGUUUGAGUAAGUAUGCGCGUUUUCUCCCUUGCAAGUACUACUCCACGGCUCCCGAGCUGGCACGCCUCUUGCACACCGGUUGGAACUGUGGCCACGGUGUACCGGAAGACAUAGUCAGCGACCGCGACACUCGCUUCAUGUCGGCAUUUUGGACUGCUCUCAUGCAGGAGUCCGGCACGAAGAUGAAACCAAGUUCGGCUCGGCAUCCACAGACGGACGGGCAAACGGAGCGGGCACAUCAAACCGCUCAAAUGAUGCUUCGUACGCUCAUCCAUCCGGACCAGAAAGAUUGGGUUGACCGCCUUCCCAACAUCGAGUUCGCCUACAACACUUCGGUGCACCCGGCGAUCGGUGUGACUCCAUUCGAGUUGCACCACGGUGGACGGAAAGGCCGUAUCUUCGCCGACGUUCUCCUCCCACGACCAGCCGACAUCGACGCCGCUUGCUCUUCCGCUUCCGUCCAGAAGUACAGGGAAUUGCUGGCUCAAGCCCGCGCGAACAUGCAAAAGGCUCAAGUCCGCAUGCAGCAGCAAGCCAACAGGCGUCGCGUGCCAUGUCCCAUCCGCGCCGGUGAUCUGGUUUGGGUCUCCGCUGAAGAGUUUGCACUGGAACAGGAUGUUUCACGCAAACUGUUUCCCAAGUGGUUUGGACCAUGGCCCGUAACAUCAGCCGCGGGCGAUGAGCCCGAUGGCCCUUCAUUUGUGAUCAACAUCCCGACGCAUCUGACGGUCCAUCCAGUCUUUCACGCCUCGAAGCUGGCAUCAUAUACACCAGCUAAGAGCGACGACUUCCCAGGCCGACGAUCGCAGGACCCUCCUUCUAUGGAUGGUCAUCAGGAGGUUGACCGCAUCAUCACGGAUCGCAAGUAUGGCAGCAAGCCUCACCAGUACAAGGUUACAUUCAGAGCAUGCGAUCCCGACGACACUCGGUGGAUUUCAGGAACAGAUUUGAAAGCAUCCGCACCGCUGAUCUACGCUCACUACGAGCGACAAAGGUUAGCUCAGGGAACUUCACGACCUGCCCCUCCCACCCCGACUGUGGUCCCUCCCUCAGACAGACGGCUUCGCCCUCGCAGGUAAGCUCGGUCUUUCAAGGAGGGGGGGGGGUGGCAUACUGCGUAGCCACACGGGCCUGCAGGGCCCGUCCCGCAUUCUCAGCCUAAAAGCCU